CCGCUGCAAAACGCAAUGCGCAUGCGCUAAAAUAUUAUUUGUUUUGUAAACGAACCUUGCUGCCAUAGCGCGAAAUUCAAAAAGCCGAAGCGAAUAAAGCAAAGCCGAUCGAGAAAUUCUCAGAGUAGCUAGAGUGUCAUAUUUACAAUAACAUACUUUUUGCACCACAUAGUUUUACGUUUGCACCAAAGGAGAAAAUGAAGGGUAAAGUGGGUCGCGUGCCGUCGAGUACUGCUAUCGCUACUAUCGUGUUGUUGUUUUUACGAGUGGUAGUCUUAAUGCAUGGUUCAAACAAGACUGGUAUAUGCAUGAGGGCUGAAAAAACAAGAACAGGAAGGGCUUGCCAAGGCAGACUGUACACGGUGAAUUCGGAGAUAAGUAGAGUAAAACUGUUGCCGAUAAAUUCCCGGCUUUGUCGGUACCAUUGGGAUGUCGCACGGAGGGAAAACCUACGAUGUGCUUGUCCAAAACAAGACUAUUUCAAGCACUCAAGACUAAAUGCGAACAAAAUACCACAAAGAUUUUACGCUGUAUUUGGUCGUUGGUGCAAUUUAUGCAAACAAACAGCAGACGAAGACUUUAARAACCACCAGCUAUACGCAUCGGCAGCGCGAGCAAAAGAAUGUGACAAAGAAAACGAAGACCAAGCAGGGAAAACCUCCGAAGUAUUAUCAAGUCCACUUCAGGUGGUGACUCCUAAACAUGUUUUGAAAGCGUUUCUCCUUUUUUUAUUACUAUUUUUUUCAUAA